AUGGUUGCUAAACAAGGCCGUUUAACUUGGUCCGAAUUCCGUACAGCAGUUAUCAACAAGUAUGGUCGAUCAAGCAUUGAUAUGAGAGAUGCGGCAAGAGAGCAGUUGGAGCGACUAGUGCAUCAACAAGGAGAGGCUUUCAAUCAAUUUGUGGACAAAUUCCAACAAUUGCGCAAUCAGGCUGAAAUCCAGGAUGAGGAUUGUAUCGUUCGUUAUUUGAUCAAGGCCCUUCCAGAAGAGUUGGCGAACUACACCAAGUAUUCUCUCAAUACCAAUUCUAAUAAGGAGGAGAUCACCGUGGAUUUGGUGGCCAACAAGAUAACAGCUAUCUACAACGCUCUGUUUAAGGACAAGUGGGAAAGAGAACGUGAAAAAGCAACUCCAGUAACAUCCUCCGCCUCAAUUUUGAAUAACAAUAGUGCUAGCAAGUGUUUAGGAUAUAGAUCAUCUCUGAGAGGCAAAUGUAUUAGGCGUCGUAUAUUACAUAAGAGGAUCUGA